CGAAACCAAGGCAACAGCAGAAAGGGGAGGGUCAAAGCAGCUGACAGCAUAAAGAAAACUUUGUUAGCGCGUUGCUAACAAAUUUGUAUGUUCAGCAAUGUAAAUAAUGGGAAGCAGCACUUCGAAAAUCCCAUAAAAGAUGGACUGUACUGCAGAUGAGAGGGAGCUGUGCCAAUGGUCCAGUUCGAUGCUGACGGGCAGCAGGAGUGCUUUGAAGGCACGAGUUCAACAGUUUGUGGAAGAGAGGAUGCAGACCACGAUGCUAACAGGUGUACUGAUUGGAGCAGCGAUCGCUGUCGUACUGAUUGGGAUUGUGGUGCUCUUCUAUUACAGAAAAAUCAAACUUGCUCGUGAGCAGCAGCCUGGUGUGCCCCAGUAUCGUUUCCGAAAACGAGAUAAAGUGCUUUUCUAUGGAAGAAAGAUAAUGCGAAAGGUUCAAACGCUGUCCUCUACUCCUCCCCCCUCCUUAUCCUCAAUGUCAAAGCCACCGCAGCGCAUACGCAAAAGAACCAAAGUUUUGAGCAUAGCUCGCAGAAUCUUGAGGAUCCGUAAAGACCCACCCACUCUGCAGCAUAAGGAACCCCCUCCAUCUUUGCUCGAGGCAGAUCUAACAGAGUUUGAUGUGCAGAGUUCAAAUCUUCCUUCAGAAGUUCUCUAUAUGCUAAAAAAUGUUAGAGUCUUGGGUCACUUUGACAAGCCUCUGUUCCUGGAGUUGUGUCGCCACAUGGUGUUUGUUGAGCUUCAAGAAGGGGAAGUGCUUUUCAGACCAGGAGAUGACGAUGACAGUAUAUAUGUGGUCCAGGAUGGUCGACUUGAGCUCUGUGUUCAAGAAAAUGAUGGCACUGAGCCAGUGGUGAAGGAUGUUCACCCUGGAGACAGUGUCCACAGCCUGCUCAGCAUUCUGGACAUCAUCACUGGUUAUCCAGCUCCGUAUAAAACUGUAUCAGCACGAGCUGCAACUCGCUCCACCAUCUUGCGCUUAUCUGCUUCAGCCUUUGAGUCAGUUUUUAAGAAAUACCCCGAGACGCUCGUUCGUGUCAUCCAGAUAAUCAUGGUGCGACUUCAGAGGGUGACCUUUCUGGCGUUGCAUAACUAUCUGGGCCUAACAACCGAGCUCUUCAAUCCGGAGAGUCAGGCUGUGCCAUUGUCCAAUAUAAACAGUGUGAUGUCUGAGGUAAAUUCUGGAAAGAUGGCUCGUCGUCACCAUUUCCAGGAUGAAUUUCCAGCUGUGACCAAUGAGACCACUUCAGAACCAGAUGGUGUUAAGGAUAGUCCUCUAAACAGCAGUAGAAGACCGCGGUCUGUCUCUGCAGCCACUGAUUGUGGAGGAAAUGACCUUAACAUGGCUUGUGAACGAGCUCGUGUCACAAUAGAGGAGGCUCCUUCCAGUCCUCUUACUCAGAAAUGUGCUCUAAAGAAGAAUGUGACGAUGCAGCAAACUCCGUCUGAAGUGUUCCACUACACUGACAGUGGAGGGCAGUCUGAUGCCAGUAACAUUGGUAAAAGCAGCUCUGUCCUCCAGGCUGCUAAGAAAGACUUCCUGGGAGUCAUCCAGCUGCAGGACCCCAGUUUACUUGACGGCAGAGUGACCCUUCACCAUGUUAAGGCUGGUUCUGUUGUAGCUCGUCAAGGAGACCAGGAAAUGAGCAUCCAGUUUGUGAUCUCCGGCCUCCUUCAUGUUUAUCAGAGGAUGAUUGAUCGUGAAGAAGAAACUCGUUUGUUUGUGACGCAUCCUGGAGAGCUUGUGGGUCAGCUCGCUGUGUUGACCGGAGAGCCUCUCAUAUUUACGGUUCGAGCCCAGCGAGACUGUAGCUUCCUCUCCAUUUCCAAAACCCACUUCUACGAGAUAAUGCGUGUUGAGCCAAAAGUAGUCCUGAAUGUUGCUCACACCGUUUCCAGGCGGAUGUCGUCUUUUAUCAGACAGAUAGACUUUGCCCUUGAUUGGAUGGCUGUGGAGGCUGGCAGAGCUGUUUACAGGCAAGGGGAAAAAUCAGAUAGCACGUUUAUAGUGCUGAGUGGUCGACUACGCUCUGUGAUCAGGAAGGACGACGGCAAAAAGGAGCUGAUAGGAGAGUAUGGUCGUGGUGACCUGAUUGGAGUGGUGGAGGCCUCGACCCACCAGAACCGAGCCACAACUGUUCACGCUGUUCGAGAUUCCGAACUGGCCAAGUUACCAGAGGGGGCGCUCAACUCCAUCAAGAGGAGGUUCCCACAGGUCGUCACAAGGUUGAUCCAUUUGUUGGGUCAAAAGAUUCUUCAGCAGGUCAAUGUUCCUCUUUCAGCUCGUAGCUUGGCACUCCACACUCCAGGGAGCAAGUGGGAUGCGGGGAAUCAAGCCUCCAACCUCUCAACUGUCACAGUCCUGCCUGUAUCAGAAGAGGUGCCUUUGACUACCUUCACCCUGGAGCUGCAGCAUGCCCUCAUUGCUGUAGGACCAACUCUUUUGCUGACAAGUGACAUUAUCAAGCAGAGGCUUGGAGCUGCAGCGCUGGAUAGUGUCCAUGAGUACCGUCUUUCCAGCUGGCUGGGCCAACAAGAAGACAUACAUCGCAUAGUUCUGUAUCAAACCGACUACACAUUGACCCCGUGGACUCAGCGGUGCAUUCGUCAGGCUGACUGCAUCAUUAUUGUGGGACUUGGGGAGCAAGACCCUGCUGUUGGGGAGCUGGAGCGCAUGUUAGAAGGAAGUGCAGUGCGGGCCCAGAAGCAGCUGGUGUUGUUGCACCGAGAAGAUGGCCCUCCUCCCCAAGGAACUGUGAACUGGCUGAACAUGCGAAGCUGGAUCUCCAGGCAUCUCCACCUCUCCUGUCCCAGAAGGGUCUUCUCUAAGAGGAGCCUCCCCAAGCUGUUGGAGUUGUACCAGCGUGUGUUUGAGAAGCCUGCAGACCGUCACUCUGACUUCUCCCGUCUGGCUCGUGUUCUCACGGGUAAUGCCAUCGCUCUUGUUCUCGGAGGCGGAGGGGCCAGGGGUUGCUCCCAAGUGGGGAUCAUGAGAGCGCUGUGUGAGGCCGGCAUCCCGGUGGACCUGAUCGGUGGGACUUCAAUUGGAGCGCUGAUGGGGGCUUUGUAUGCUGAGGACCGCAGCCUCAGCCGCAUGAGGAUUAGAGCCAGAGAAUGGGCAAUGGAAAUGACCUCAACAUUUAAGAAGGUUUGGGAUUUCACAUAUCCUAUGUCCUCCAUGUUUACUGGUGCUGGCUUCAACUCCAGCAUCAGUAAAGUGUUCCAAAGCAAACAGAUUGAGGACCUUUGGAUCCCAUAUUUUAAUAUUACUACUGAUAUUAGUGCUUCAGCCAUGAGAGUACACACUGAUGGUUCUCUGUGGCGGUAUGUUCGAGCCAGCAUGUCUCUCUCAGGAUAUCUGCCCCCUCUCUGUGACCCCAAAGAUGGACACCUGCUGAUGGAUGGGGGCUACAUCAACAACCUGCCUGCUGAUGUAGCGCGCUCCAUGGGGGCCAAGGUGGUGAUAGCUAUUGACGUGGGCAGCCGGGAUGAAACCAACCUCACUAAUUACGGCGAUUCGCUCUCAGGCUGGUGGGUGCUAUGGAAACGCCUGAACCCCCUCGCGGAGAAAGUGAAGGUGUUGAACAUGGCAGAGAUUCAGACCCGGCUGGCUUACGUAUGCUGCGUGAGGCAUCUGGAGUCCGUUAAAAGCAGCGACUAUUGCGAGUACAUCAGGCCGCCAAUUGACAGAUAUCGGACUCUGGAGUUUGGCAAGUUCGAUGAGAUAGCUGAAGUGGGCUACCAGCAUGGCAAGACCGUGUUUGAUGUGUGGAGGCGGAGUGGUGUCGUGGAGAAGAUGAUGAAAGACAGGCACCAAGAGGAGACCUGCAACACCCAAAGCAAGAGCAAUGUGGUGACAUGUCCCAAUGCUUCCUUCACUGACCUUGCAGAAAUCGUGUCUCGCAUCGAACCUGUCAAGCCUACGGUGGUGGAUGAAGAGUCAGACUAUCAGACUGACUAUGAAGAGGAAGCAUUGGAGAGUGCACUUUCUGAUGUGGAGAUGUAUGGUCACUGCGGGGAGCACCCUGAAGGGGAGGAGACGGCUGACACGGAUGAGGAACAGGAGGAGCGAAGAUUCCCCAGCGGGGAGCCUCUGAACGUCUCCUUCAGUCCACAAGAGCAGCUGAAGACGCCUACAAAUCCGUUUCAAACAAGCCAUUAAGAAAACAACCGUCUGAUCAAUACCCAAACAGGCCAUCACAAUUAAUCCUCUUUCUUUGACUGAUCUCUCAUAUUGAGAUAUAGUUGAUGUGAACUUUUUAAAGCUUUAUGUGAAUCACAGCUGUUCAUUAGAAGAUGAAAGAAACUCGUAUUUCUGUGAAAUACUUAUCACUGAGGCAAUAUUAAGAAAAAAAGGUUGAUUCUGUCAUGAUUGACUCUAUUGGUUUAGCUUAGAUUUAGCUUUUAGGUUUAAAGUAGUCAGGAAAUCACUGUCAUAUUAUCGUUUUUUUUCUGUGCAUUACUGUUGAUUACAAUGAUUAUUUAAAGUACCUGAAAAUAUUUGGAUUUCCAGGCCAGUAAGAGUGUCUCAAAACAUCUAACCCUCCCAGGGAAUGAUGGGGCAACGGUUUUAUGUUGGUUGUUUUUUUUUUUUUUAAAGGGGUCUAAAACAUAAAAAAAACAGUACUUAACGGAACCAAAUUGAUGGAGCUCUACAAGUUUUUAGUUUAGGUAGUUUCAUUCAAUUGUAGUUUGAUAGGCACAAAUUACGAUGGCAUUUAUUUUCAAACAUGAACCAAAUUGCACCAAGCUAUUUGACUGCUGGAUAUAAUUUGAGUUGACCAAGUAAUGUUAUAUGUUUAGAUUAUGAAACUCAGAAGUUCAGGCUACUUUAGAGGUCAGUUAUUUAUAUUUAUAUUAUUUCACUGUUUAAGUUAACUACAAUAAUCUUUCCUAUUUUCACGCUUAACAGUGAAACAUGCAUAAAGAUAAGGAUUUGAUAUAAAUCUAAAUCUAAAAUUGUUUCUUCUUGUGGCAGAGUUGCAGUUAUUUGAAAGAAAAAAAUAACCACUGCUUAAAAUGAUAAGUUAUUGCUGUAUUUCUUAACAUUUUAUCUCUUCAUCAUGCAAGGAAAAGUACAAAAAUGUACUUACAGCAGAGCAGAGGCGUUUCAUAUAGAGCUUACUUGACUUAAUAUAGAUAACAAUGGCUUAAACAUGGAAACAUUGACCGGGUCACCUUAAAAAGUCAGAGCACAAACUGUUCAGGAAUUUUGUUAUGUUUUGUCUAAAUUGAUGCAUUUACACAGAUAUAUGCUAACUGUAGCACAUGACCAAAAAUUCAAUCAGAAAAGCUGUUUAUCCUGUAAAUAAAAAAAGUUUUGAGAAUUGUUGCCAACAUGCACUCCAGAUGUAAGGACACAGGCUAGUGUUGCAAAAUGUUAUUAUGGAAAUAAAAUACCCAGAAACCUCUGCCUUAACAUAAUAUAUAUGUAUUUUCUUCCUGACAUAUUUAUAACAAAGGGGACACAAAUUACUUGACAAGUAGCACUAUCUUAGAAAUGCAGCACAAAAUAAGCAGCAGACUGUCCAGUGACGGCUAUCGGCACAGUUUUGUUAUUCCCGACGUGCCACGGACAUGCAGGGGGAAUUAAUGUUGGUGGUCCACUUCAAAGCACGAGUUUCCCUGUUGUCUGCUCAGACAGCCGCCCCCCUGUUUGUGUUCUGGCUUGAGUCUAUUAGACACAGACUCCGCAGCAGACAAUGUGACUUUGAAGCCCAUCUUGUCUGCAGACAGACUAUUAUAACAAUCUGUCUUUACACAAAUUAUUUAUCUUGACAUAUGUGUUCCUUACAUUAUAUUGGAUAUGUUUUAAUGCUUGUACAAAUACAAAGGUAAUGGCCCUUGUAUGAACCAUAACUACAGUAUUCCAACACUAAGGUAAUGUCAAACUCGAAAGCGUGUUCAUUCCAAGUACCCUGAAACACAAUCUUUAAAGGUGUGAUAUUUAUUAUUGGUGCGACAAGUGCCUGCUGCCUUAUGUGUGUGGACAGUGGGAGAAAACCUGUUAUAAACACUAUGGAUGUGUUGUGAAUAUGUGAACACUGGAAAGAAAAAAAGGUUGUUGCUGUUUACUAAUGAAAUGAUGAUGAGGUUUGCAUUUUUUGUCUUUUUCUUUUUCCUUUGAAGCCUUGCACAAUGACUUGUUGUUUGGUAGGAGGAUCAAUGUUUCACUUCUUUAUUAAAUGGGUCAUUGUAAUGAAUCAGCUGCUGAAGUAAUGUAUGGAGCCCUGCCAUGAAGUUAAUAUAAAACGCCUUAGAUGACCUAUAUGAGGAAAAUUAUUUAUCAUGCACUUGUUUUACGCUCAUGUUAAUAAUAAUGAUGUUGUAUGAGAAUGUUUACUAACGAGACUACCGCAUAUUGUCUAUAUAUUUGAUUUGUUUGAUCAGAUGUUAUUAAUAAACCUGUUUUUCUUUUCUCUUUU